AUGCUGCCAAAACAUAUUGCGCACGUGACGGCUCUUGUCCUCUUUUUGAAGCAUUUUAUGACGUAUUCGCUCGUCAAUGUUUCCAACGACGGCUUCGACGACCUUUUCGUCCAAGGAGGCCAAGCUACUGUCAGCUUCACCACUGAUGGUUCCAUAACUCGAAGUGGUUUCGAAUUCGACCUCGUUGAGGCUGAUCGACUUGACAUCAUUGAAUACCACUUUGGCCGAAUCGCCGCUGCCCUCCCAGAAGACGCUUCUUGGGCCGAGCGAUACGUCAACCGAUUCUACAAAGUCUUCAACAAGGCUGUCGACGCUGACAACGGCGAAAACUGCUACGAAGAAAAUGGCUUCGGCUCCGACGACUCUGCUGACGACGUUCAGGUCUUCGAUGAAAGUAACUUCUGCAAGCUCAAUCUGUCUUCUGAGUCUUCUGAUCUUAUAUGA